UUCGUACAUUCAACAGUACAUCGUCAUUCAGUAUGUUCGCCAAGAUCUUCGCAGUUUCAGUGUUGAUAGCGGUUGCCCAAGCGGGUUACUUGCAUGGAGGGGCCACCAGUUAUGCCCAAAUAUCUUCAACUCCUGAGCAUGGCUCUGGUUCUUAUGGUGGCCAUGCAGUUGACUAUCAUAGCCACCCAAAAUAUGAAUUCAACUACGGAGUGCAAGACCCUCAUACCGGUGACCACAAAUUUCAACAGGAAACUCGAGAUGGAGACGUUGUGAAAGGUUCCUACUCCCUUGUAGAACCCGAUGGUACCACCAGAAUCGUACACUACACCGCUGACGAUCACAAUGGAUUCAACGCUGUGGUAGAGAAACAAGGUCAUCCCAUCCAUUAUUAAAUCGAAUCGAAACAUACUGUAUUUUUAAGUGGAGUAUUUAUAUUCAAUUGUUUCAUAUGUAAAUAAAUGAUAUAUUUUUCUAUUA